AUGGCUUCUUACACUAUCAGCACCCUCAACUACUUCAUUGAUCCACUUGACGGCUCUCGGCCUUACGUUACAUUCUACCCAGAUGGUACCACGAUAAAGCCGCCUCUCAACUGGACCCAGGAGCCGCAUGAUAUGCAAAUUGAGGACGUACGCGGGAAGGAGGAACUUUACAAGCUUGGCAAUGCAGGAUUUCAGUAUGAGCGAGAAGCGGCGAAGCAUGUCAACUUCUUGAAUGAUGAUGAGAUUCGGUGCGUAUACUACCCUCAGAGCAUCGACCUCAUCAAGAGGAUUACGGGAGCGACCAGUAUUGUCAUCUUCGAUCACACUGUUCGUCGCCGUCGCCCAGGCGAGGUGGGUGACGACCUACAGAAACGUCAACCAGUCUCAUUUGUUCAUGUGGACCAAACGACUGCGGCAGUCAUUGCUGGUGUUCAUAGACACCUCCCACCAACAGAAGCCCCUUCCUUCCUUCGCAGGCGUUUCCAAGUCAUAAAUCUUUGGCGUCCUAUAUCGCAUGCGGCUGUAGAUUGGCCGCUUGCACUAUGCGACUUCCGCAGUGUCGACGUAGAGAAAGACUUGGCGCCUAUCGCUCUUCUAUACCCUGACCGCGAGGAUGAGACAGUCGGAGUCAAAUACAACGCAAACCACCAGUGGAAAUACCUGAAGGCGAUGACCCCGGAAGAGUUUGUUCUUAUCAAAUGUUUUGAUUCAAUACAGGAUGGUAGUGUGGCGAGGUUGGCCCCUCAUACUUGGUUCCAAGACCCAGACACUCCAGAGGGAACGCCGCUUCGGGAAUCCAUCGAGCUGAGAGCUCUGGUAUUCUAUGAUUAG